UUUGAGGACUAAGGUAUGCGUGACCCAGGCCAUGGUAUUUUCAUUCGCCUCAUAUGCCUGUGAAAGCUAGACAGUGAAUAAGGAAGAAUUGAUGCCUUUGAAUUAUAGCAUUGGCAAAGAAUACUGAAUCUACCAGACUGCCAGAAGAAUGAACAAAUGUGCCUUGGACGAAGCACAGCCAGAACACUCCUUAAAAGGGAGGAUGGUGAGAAUUCAUCUUGCAUAAACUGGACAUGUUACCAGGAGGAACCAGUCCCUGGAGAAGAACAUCAUGCUUGAUAAAGUAUAAAGUUGAUGAAGAAAAGGAAGACCCUGAAUGAAAUGGAUUGACAUAGUGGCUACAACAACGGGCUUAAACAUAGCAAUAAUUGUGAGAAUGGCGAAGGACCGAGUAGUGUUUCCUUCUGUCGUACAUAGGGUGGCUAUGAGGCGGAACCAACUGGACAGCACCGAACGACACAAAGGAGCACUUUUGAUUUCCUCACCCUCCACAGGAAACAGGAGAAAUGCAUAGUCUUCUACACCCUGAGUGAAGACUAUACCUUUGCAUACACCGUGCUCUUCCACACCUCUCUUCUUCCUUCAUCUAUUUUUGUAAACUCGUGCUGAAGAGUAACUUCCGAUCCUGACUUCCUCAAACCUCAGACAAGCUGCUGCCUCUUAACUCCGAGGUGAAUUCUCUCUGAUGAAAGGACAUCUUCGGUUACAGUUCCCGACCUGACCCUCAUGCUUCUGAGGCUCCUGCUGUUGAUCUAUGGAGUCCGCGUCUCUGAUGUGAGCUUGGAGACACAGCCCCCAGGGGGCCAGGUGAUGGAGGGAAAAAAGCUGGUCCUUGUCUGCUCGGUCGCUAAGGGCACAGGAAACAUCACCUUCCUCUGGUACAAAGGGGCCAUGGGUUUCAAACUGGGCACAAAGACCCUGCGUUCCUUAACUGCAGACUUUGAGAUCCUUACGGCGAGGGAGAGUGAUGCUGAGCAAUAUUACUGUGCAGCUGACAAUGGCUAUGGCCCCAGCCUCAGUGGGCUGGUGAGCAUCACUGUCAGAAUUCCAGUGUCUCAUCCAGUCCUCACCCUCAGGGCUACUGGGGCCCAGGCUGUGGUGGGGGAUGUGGUGGAGCUUCACUGUGAGGCCCAAAGAGGCUCUCCCCCAAUCCUAUACCGGUUCUAUCACGAAGAUAUCAUCUUGGGGAACAGCUCAGCCCCCUCUGGAGGAGGAGCAUCCUUCAACCUGACUGCAGAGCAUUCUGGGAACUACUUCUGUGAGGCCGACAAUGGCCUGGGGACCCAGCACAGUGAAGCCGUGCUACUCAACAUCACAGUGCCUACCAAGGACAGAAGGGAACUUCUUACUAUAGGAGUCAUCGAGGGGCUACUCGGCACCCUUGGUCCCACCUCUGUCGUCCUACUCUUUUGUUACUGGCUCAAGAAAAAAAUAGGAAAACGGUCAGCCAGGGAUCCACUCAGGAGCCCUCCCAGCCCUGUACCCCAAGACUUUACCUAUGUCAACUCACCUACCCCAGCGCCGCUGCAGCCCGUGUAUGAAAAUGUGAACGUUGUAAGUGGGGAUGACGUCUAUUCACUGGUGUACUGUAGCCAGCAGGAACGGAAACCAGCAGCAGAGCCGCCAAGGACACUUACUGAGGAUGAGGUCUCCUUAGCCAUCUAUUCUAAGGUGAAGCAGGCAAGCAAUAUGGAUGUGGACUAUGAAGAUGCAAUGUAAAACUAUGGAAUAUUCCACCUUUUUAAAACCAUCCAUGAGCCCAAGCCUCAGAUCCAACAUGUUCUUCAGAGAUCACAGGGGAGCCGGCUUUCUGGUACACCUCACCCAGGUGCUUUGCUCCAUGAGCCUAAUCCUUCAUCUACCGUGAAGUCACUGUAAGCCCUGAAGAGACCAUCCAGGAGAACUAACGUGGAUACAGGAGUGGGAAGAACUGUGUUAUGGAAGAGCUGGUUUCCUGCUGGUUCCUCUGGGAUGGGCCAAAACGUGCUCUUAAUUCUUUUCGCAAGAGGAAAUGGUGGGAUAAAAGGGGUUGGGCUCUCCUGGUGGAGAAAUAGUGAAGCUAAGAGUGCGUGGACCCAGGGAGAGUGGUUUUGUAGAACUGCUCCAACAAGACAGCUGUGUCCAUGGUUUUGUCUAAGUAUUUUCUCAGCACAGGCAGUAGAGAACCCCACUUAGGUUAAUCAUCAUGUUUCUGCCUAAAAUACACUAUUCAGUAUAUUUUGGGUCAAGUUAGCAAAUUAGAACUAAAACAAAAUUACAUAAAGAAUUAUGGUGGCCACACUCAAUUUUAAUAAUGUGUUAUCCAGGCUGAUCUAAAUGUCUCAAUAUUUAUGAGAAAUAAUCUCUAUCCAAAAUUCUGUGUCUGCUGCAACCUCUAGAAGGUUUGUGAAUAUAUUUUUUACUUCUUUCAUUCAUAAAUUUCUUGAAAACAUGUAUAAUAUGGUUUGGAGUCUGUGUUUUAAUUUGAAAGCAAUCGCACACUCUUACAAAUGAAAGCAAUUUGCAUAAAAAAUAAAAAAGUUGAAGCUGUCCCUGUAAUAGGACACCACAAAGGGUAGCCAUUGUUAAAAAUGUACCUUAUGACUCUCCAGAUAGUUUUGUACAAACACAUACACAUGUAUGUAAGUAUAGUUAUUUAAAAAUAUGCCUACUUAACAAAAUAUCGUGAAAUACUUUCAAGUCUGUAUAGAUCUACUGUACUAUAUUAAAAGGCUGUACAGUAUUCCAUUGUAUAGGCAAGCCAUAAUAUGUUUUAAUCCUUCCCAGCACUGAUGGACUUUAAGGUGGCUUCCAAAGUUUUCAUAUUGUAAAAACAUUGCUAAAGUAAAUGUCCUAUAAAAAAAACAUCUUUUUAUGCAUUCUUGUUGGUUUAUCUGAAAGAUAAAUUAACAUAUAUCUGGGAUCACUACGUUUUAGGUUACGUACGUUAGAGGAUUUUGUUAAAUACUCUUAAAUUGCCCUCCUGUAAAUUGUAUCAAUUAACAUAUUCAUCAACAGUAAAGAAGAGAAUGAAGGUGUAGGGAAAAGUAUCACUGUUAUUUCCAUUUAAAAGUUUUAAAUUACUAAGGAAGUUGAGCAUCUCUCCAUAAAUUGACUGCUGGUUUAUAAUUCUUCUAGAAGUUUUCUGUGUUUAGCUUUUGCCCAUUUUUCUUUGUGUUCAUUUCUUUUUCUUAUGCUUUUAUAUGAACUGUUUAUUGAGGUGUAAUUUAACACCGUUGAAAGCACAGGCUUUACGUACACAGUCCCAUUCAUUUGACAAAUGCAUGCAUGCCCCUGAAUAAAUCAAAUGCCUGUCCUAAUAUAGAAUGGUCCCGUCUUCCUAGAAAGUUCCCUCAUACCCUCUUUCAGUCAAUUUCUGCCCCUCCUAGAAACAAUUAUGUAAAUUUUUUGACAGUCAUAUUAUUUAUUGCAACAAAAGUAAUUUCAACUAUACGUCCAAUGCAAAUGGUUAUAUAAGUCAUAUCCAUACACUAGAAUACUAGAAUACUAUGCUAUUUUGAAAGUUAAAUUCUGUUGUAAGGUACUCUGACAAACAGAAAACAAAAAAACCCAGUGCCGUCAAGCCAAUUCCAACUCAUAGGGAUCCUAUAGGACAGAGUAGAACUACCCCAUAGAGUUUCCAAGGAGCACCUGGCAGAUUUGAACUGCCAACCCUUUGGUUAGCAGCCAUAGGACUUAAUCACUACGCCACCAGGGUUUCCUGACAACCAGAAGAGAGAAGAAUUACAUUCAUGAUCAUUCUUAAAUGUUAGUAUUACAAGGUUAUAUUUUAAAUGAGCAUUUAAAUUUCUUUAUUAUGUCUAUUUUGACCUAUAGGAAUCAAAUAUUUUGCCCUUUGAAUUGCUCCACUCCUUUUUCCACCCCUGUAAUUCUUGGAAAUCCACUAUGAAUCUUAACAGAGGCCUGUGUCUACAAGAUUCCUAGGCAUUUCCCUAACACGUCUUUUUUUUUUUUUUAAUUGUGCUUUAAGUGAAAGUUUACAAAUCAAGUCAGUCUCUCAUACAAAAACUUACGUACACCUUGCUAUGUACUCCUAGUUACUCUCCCCCUAAUGAGACAGCACGCUCCUCCUCUCCACCCUGUAUUCCCCGUGUCCAUUCAGCCAGCCUCUGUCCCCCUCCGCCUUCUCAUCUCUCCUCCAGGCAGGAGCUGCCCACAUAGUCUCGUAUGUCUGCUCAGUUAUGUAAAUUUUAACCAUGAUGUUAAAAUUAGUUUAAGAUCUUAGGUAUUUUAACCAUUUUUCCAUUGUAUGUGAUACACAUGGUUUUGUCUAAUCUUUCACUUCACUUUUUGUUUACAGUGAAUCUUAAAAUAUGGAACUUUAGUCUUUGUGUAGCUAAAUCUCUCAAUGUUUUUCUUCUGAGUUUCUGAGUUUCUUGUCUUUCU